UACAUAGCAUGCGAGAGCUUCAGACAAGCACCAUUUAGAAGAGAGAUAGCCACGCGAAGCGUAUCUCUCACCUCAACUACGGGUGAGGUCAGGAACCAUGGCGAUGAAUAACGACUCACCGUACCGCCAAGCGGCAGCCAAACUACCCGUUUAUUUUGCCAGUGUUCUACGAAAAAGAAGAGCUCUUCUCUUCGCCGUCUUAUUCGCCAUCACCAUCUUCUUCCUCUUCUCUCCUUUCUCACCCGACAUCGCCGGUUCCUAUGGCAAACACUCCAGCUCAAGCCCAUCCUUCGGGGCGGUCAAAAACCACAAUGUCAACGACAUUCUGCGAUUCAUUGACCCCCUCAUCGGCACUACCAACGGCGGCCACGUCUUCCCCGGUGCCACGCUGCCCUACGGCAUGGCCAAAGCCGUGGCUGACACCGCCUCGCCCGCCGAGAACGCCGCCGGCUUCGUGUCCGACGACAACCCCAUCACCGGCUUCUCGCACAUGCACGACUCCGGCACGGGCGGCCAGCCCUCUCUGGGAAACUUCCCGCUCUUUGUGCAUCCGGGCUGUGUAGACGACGACUACACCAAAUGCGACUUCUCCCUUUCUGAUCGACCACUCAACCGCGUCCCUGAUUCUGUCUAUGCUUCACCAGGGUACUUCACCGUGAACAUCACCAACGGCGUCAAGGCCGAGAUGACCACUACCCACCACUCCGUUCUCUACCGCUUUUCCUUCCCCGGCACAGAGGCGGUGCGCUUCGCCAAAGGCGUGGCGCCUUAUAGUCCACUUAUCUUGGUAGACCUGGUCGACCUCAUGAACAGUCGCUCCAGGGGUAACAUCAAAGUUGACCCCGAAACAGGCCGGAUCGUGGGUGACGGGCGGUACGGCCCUUCUUUUGGAUCAGGGCAUUACCACGCUUAUUUUUGCGCAGACUUCAAGGGUGCCAAGAUUAGGAAGGCGGGGACGUUUGAGUCGAAUAAAGCUACGGACGAGAAACAGCUUCUUGAAGGCGUCGGAUGGGGGUCGGCGGGUGCUUGGAUCCAGUUUGAGAAGCCUGACGAAGAGAUGAAGGACUCGAUUCUGGCGAGGGUGGGUGUGUCGUUUAUGUCCGUGGAUAAGGCGUGUGAGAAUGCGGAGAGGGAGAUGGAGGAUUGGGACUUUGAGAGGGUUGAAAGGGAUGCAAGAGAGGCGUGGAGGGAGAAGUUGGAUGUGGUGAUGGUGGAUGCGAAUGGGACCAGUGAGGAGUUGCAGACUACAUUUUGGAGUGGGCUGUAUAGGACGUUGUUGAGUCCGCAGAAUUAUACGGGGGAAAACCCGUUGUGGAAUUCGAGCGAGCCGUACUUUGACUCGUUCUACUGCAUCUGGGAUUCAUUCAGAGCUCAACACCCCCUUCUGACAGUCAUCGACCCAAAGGCACAAACCGAGAUGAUCAGGGCCCUGAUCGACAUCUACAGACACGAAGGCAAACUGCCUGACUGUCGCAUGUCCUUUUGCAAAGGCUACACCCAAGGCGGUUCCAACGCGGACGUAGUCAUCGCCGACGCCUUCGUCAAGGGUCUCACAGCCGACAUCGACUGGAAGACAGCCUACGAAGCCGUCCUCUCCGACGCCGAAAUCGAGCCCCGAAACUGGGGUCUCUCCGGCCGCGGCAACCUUGUCUCCUGGCACGAUCGCGGCUACAUCCCCCAAAACGACGUGGACACGAACGGCACCGGCCCAGCCUCGCGUUCCAUCUCCCGCGGCGUCGAGUACGCCUACAACGACUUUUGCAUCUCCCUCCUAUCCCAGGGUCUGUCCAAGUCCCCCUCUCUCCUCGGUGCUUCUUCUACGUCUUCCGAAGUCGUAGACUCCUCCUCCUCCUCCUCCUCCUCCUCCUCCUCCUCCUACCGCCCCAACAUCUCAACCCCCUGGACCUCCCUCACCGCCGACAUCACCAAAUACCACCACCGCGGCGCCAACUGGCGUAACUACUGGAACCCUUCCGCAAAGGACCUCUUCCGCGACGACCGCACCACCAGUAGUUCCCAGCCUGAAGAACACACCCCCUAUCUCUCCGGCGGCCAAAACGCCUCCUCCCUACCAAAAGGCUACAUCAUCCAAUCGCCCUUUGUCGGCUUCCUCCAACCACGCACACUUGCAGGCACCUUCCGCUACCACCCCACCCGCACCUGCAGUCCCAUCCAAAACCAGCACUCCUGCUACUACGACACGGCGCUAGACGUCUACGAAGGGUCACCGUGGCUCUACUCCUUUUUCGCGCCGCAGUCCAUGUCCACGCUAAUCCGACUCAUGGGCGGGGCCGAGACCUUUGUCAAGCGAUUGGAAUACUACCAUGAAAGCGGGAUCGCCUACAUGGGCAACGAACAAUCGUUCCUGACCGUCUUCCAGUUCCACUACGCCGGUCGUCCAGGCCUGAGUUCCAAGUGGCUGAGGAACUACAUCCCCACAAUGUUCAACGCCAGCGUCAACGGCAUCCCGGGAAACGACGAUUGUGCCAUGGGGGCCUUCACCACGUGGGGCAUGGGACUGGGUGUUUUCCCCGUUGCGGGGCAGGACGUGUACUUGAUUGUCCCGCCGUUUUUCAGGGAGGUAAAGGUGAGGGCUGGGAUGGACCUCAAAUCAUCCUCUCCUUCUCGUGACUACCACUCGGAGAAAAAGGAAGCAAAAUGGGCGGUGAUCAGAACCGUCAAUUUCGAUGCUGAAAUGCCAGGCAGGAACGGUGGGAACCCGGUUUAUAUCCAGUCUGCCAAGUUGAACGGGAAGAAAUAUACCAAGAAUUGGAUUACGCAUGAGUUCUUUGAACAGGGAGGGUUGUUGGAGUUGGUGGUUGGACCGGAAGAAAGUUUGGGCAAGGAUGGGUGGGGAACAAACCGAGAGGAUUUGCCGCCUAGUUAUUAUGAGGAUGAGAAAUUCUGGGAGGAGUGGGAGAGGAUGGAUAGGGAGAGGACGGAGCGGUGGAAGGAGGAGGAGAAGGCGAAGGAAGAGGGGAAUGAGGUUGAUGAUGGGUAUUAAGAAGUACUCUUUUCUUGAGGUGGGGGCAUAUAGAUCCUGAUGAAAUUUUAGCUGGGUAGUAGGUUACGAGCUGAACUCAUCC